AUGGCACUCAAUUGGGUGAUGCUCGAUCAGGGCGGUCACAAACCACUACCGCUUCCACAAGAAGAGAUACUCUGCCAUGUUCACAAGGCAUCCUUGCAACUCGAGUACGCGCCUCACCGGAUCACCUACAAGGCCGAAGGCGAUGCUCUGAUCUCUUCUCAUCGUUUCGUCUUCGUCCGUCAGCCUCAACUCUCUGCUGCAGAACUCGCAGACGGAACAGCGCUUAACUCCCUCUCGGUUCCACUCGACCACUUUCACUCGAGCAAAUACACCAUCCCCAUCUUCAGCGCGCCGUAUCUCCAAGCCGAUGUCUAUUCGGUGCCUCAAGGCGGGCUGCCGGAACGACAGCCUGGCGAACAAGCUCAUCCGGUAGGCAAGCUCAAGCUCUGGUUCAUGGAGUCUGGCGGCGUAGCUUUUCGCGAUGCCGUUGACAGAGCUAGGAUACUUUGGCAGCAGAAGCGACAGGAAGAGCAGGACGAGAACGCUCUGCCGGCAUACCAGCCAUCAGCACCCUGA